UCCAAAGAUGUGAGAAGCGUAUUGAUUCGAAUGUCAACAAACACACGUGCUUGUUAUAGUCGAAAUGAAGUGUGAUGUUGUGUUGGUUGUUUUCGUGUUAAUUUGUUCUGCUGUAGUAUCAGGUGCAGAGAAAAGUAAUGAGAACCAACAGAUGAAAAAGAAAUUGCAAAUUGGUGUAAAGAAACGACCAGAUAAAUGCGAAUACAAAUCGAAGAAAGGAGACUUCCUUCAUGUUCAUUAUAAGGGUUCAUUGGAGGAUGGAAAUGAAUUUGACAGCAGCUAUGGUCGAGGACAGCCCCUCACUUUCACUCUUGGCUCUGGGCAAGUAAUCAGAGGAUGGGACAAAGGACUUAUGGGGAUGUGUGAAGGGGAGAAACGGAAACUUGUAAUACCUCCAGAGCUAGGGUAUGGGGCCAGUGGAUCACCUCCAAAAAUACCCAAGCAUGCAACUCUGAUCUUUGAAGUGGAGCUCGUCAAAAUUGACAGACGUGAUGAUCUUUGAAUCAAAUAGAAUGGUGAACUAUCAAAGAGUUAAGUAAAUAUGUGAUCGUAAAAAGUUGGUAACAUAUCUGUAUGUAGUGUGUGCGUCUGAUUGCAUUAAAUGUGGAAAAGUCUUCCAUAGGUUUGUCAGGCAAUAGAAAAAAUGCAACUUUUGACUGUCAGCUA